GAGGUGAUUGUCUAGGAGUAACUGUAUGUGCGCUCAGCACCGGGUCACAACCACCGUGGGAUCCACUUACAGAGAAGAUUUGUGGAGAGCUUCAGCCUGUUUAUGGUGUUACUGAGAAAGGAAUUGUGGCCAUUUGAUAUAAUUCUGGAUGGAAGACCUCUUAUUUGUAUUACAUUGAAUUAGAGGUCAGUAUUUGAAAUUUUCUCCUUGAGUGGCUGUUAUAAGAGGAUCCCGUAAGAAUUGAUUACUGUGAAAUUAGCCAACUACAUAGUGUAUUUCAAAGAUAAGGUAAACUGUUGGACUUGUGAUUACCUGGUUUCUGGUAUGAAUUACUGAACUUAUGUUUGUUUUUAUGUGCAUAGAUAAAGCUAUAUGCUUGAUACUCUUUCAAUUAUAAACUUAAUGGGUUAUAAGAAUUUAUAACUUGGGCUUCAUUAAGUGAAGAAGGCGCUCUUAUACUUUAUCUUUUUGUUUUGUUUUCUUUUUUUUUUCCUUCUUUUGAGACAGGGUCUUGCUUUGUUGCCCAGGCUGGAGUGGUGCAAUCAUAGUUCACUGCAGCCUUGACCUCCUGGGCUCAAGCGAUCCUCCCACCUUGGCCUCCCAAAGUAUUAGGAUUACAGGUGUGAACUAUCAUGCCCGGCCUAAUUUAUCUUUGUUAAGCUUCACCUGUUCUGUUGAUGAUAAAUUCUGGGAGAUGAUGGUGUCCUUUGUCUUUAAAUGGUUUCUGACAAGUUUUCUUUUCUUAGUAUUUUCUACUUUUGUUUGACUCUUAAAGAGUUAUAGGUUUGAAACUAAUGUCUACUGCCUCUCCCUCUUCUUCUCCUAUGAUUCCUGUGGGUGUCCAGGAGCUAUGUGUUUAGUUUGAAAAGAAGAGAUUUCAGAAUAAUCAUGCUUCCCGUAUACUUACACUGAUCAUGAAAAGUAAAAUUUAUUCUGAAAAGAUAGACCAGUUGCUUAGUAAGUGAAAUGUAACUUGUUGUAGAAAUGAUCUGUAAUUUUAGGCCAUAUUUUCUAGGAAGGUGCUGUCAUCUAAGUCUCCCUUCCCCUGGGCAUUUGGCUGUUAAUAAGGGAUUAUCUGAGUGAUAUUUUGGGCUUGCCCAUUCAUUUGGCAGAAUUUUAUUUUUUUAGUGUCUCUUGCAAGAUAUAAUGCUAGGCAUUGGGGAUAUAAAGAUGAGUAAGAUGUGUCCCUACCCUCCUGGAGGUCAUGAUGAAAAGUGGGGAACAGAUAUGAAAAAAACCCCACUAAAAUACAGACUGAAAGAACUGUAGUAAUAGUAGAAACAUGAUGCUCCAACAACGCAGAGUCAUUAAGUGUGCAUAUACUAUCUUGGGCAUUUGCAUAGCACUUAGGGAGUUAACAAGUUGGUGUUUAUCUUGGUAGACCACCUUCAGGCAGCUACCUUUAUUGUGGGUGUGUGACCUCAUGUAACUUGAGUGGGAUUUUCCAUGUCAUUAGUAGUUCCUAGGGAGUAGAGAGUAAAUCUCUUUUUGGAAGAGGUUGUAUUCUCCUGAAUCCAAAAUACCUUUCUGUAUGUUUUGUUGUCUUUUAAGAAUAUUCUCUCAGACGUUAUAUAAGUAAUUUCAUUUUUUCUGAGUCCCUUCUUUGGAAAAGGAGUUCUUGCCAAAUGAAAGGGACACAGUAUUUGGUUUUUCAGUUCAUUAUGAAACCCCUGCCACCCUGUCUCCCUAAAGAAGUAAAGCCUGGGCCGGGUGCGGUGGCUCACGCCUGUAAUCCCAGCAUUUUGGGAGGCUGAGGUGGGUGGAUCACUUGAGGUCAGUAAUUUGAGACCAGCCUGGCCAACAUGGCCAAAACCCAUCUCUAUUAAAAAUACAAAAAAAUUAUCUGGGCAUGGUGGUGCAUGCCUAUAAUCCCAGCUACUCGGGAGGCCGAGGUACGAGAAUUGCUUGAACCUGGGAGGUGGAGAUUGCAGUGAUCUGAGAUCGUGCUACUACACUGCAGCCUGGAUAACAAGAGCAAGACGCUCAUUUUUGAAACGUUGGGGUUGUUGGAGUGGUUGGAUUUUCCCUGGAAUUGAGUGAGAAAUUCAGAAGACUGAAGCCCAGGCUUACUGUCUACCUUUCACGGAGGCCUAGCCGUGAGAGGACAGAAGAAGGCACGUGGCGAAUCAUGACAGCGGACAAAGACAAAGACAAAGACAAAGAGAAGGACCGGGACCGAGACCGGGACCGAGAGAGAGAGAAAAGAGACAAAGCAAGAGAGAGUGAGAAUUCAAGGCCACGCCGGAGCUGUACCUUGGAAGGGGGAGCCAAAAAUUAUGCUGAGAGUGAUCACAGUGAAGACGAGGACAAUGACAACAAUAGUGCCACCGCAGAGGAGUCCACGAAGAAGAAUAAGAAGAAACCACCGAAAAAAAAGUCUCGUUAUGAAAGGACAGAUACCGGUGAGAUAACAUCCUACAUCACUGAAGAUGAUGUGGUCUACAGACCAGGAGACUGUGUGUAUAUCGAGAGUCGGAGGCCAAACACACCGUAUUUCAUCUGUAGCAUUCAAGACUUCAAACUGGUCCACAACUCCCAGGCCUGUUGCAGAUCUCCAACUCCUGCUUUGUGUGACCCCCCAGCAUGCUCUCUGCCGGUGGCAUCACAGCCACCACAGCAUCUUUCUGAAGCCGGGAGAGGGCCUGUAGGGAGUAAGAGGGACCAUCUCCUCAUGAACGUCAAAUGGUACUACCGUCAAUCUGAGGUUCCAGAUUCUGUGUAUCAGCAUUUGGUUCAGGAUCGACAUAAUGAAAAUGACUCUGGAAGAGAACUUGUCAUUACAGACCCAGUUAUCAAGAACCGAGAGCUCUUCAUUUCUGAUUACGUUGACACUUACCAUGCUGCUGCCCUUAGAGGGAAGUGUAACAUCUCCCAUUUUUCUGACAUAUUUGCUGCUAGAGAGUUUAAAGCCCGAGUGGAUUCAUUUUUCUACAUAUUAGGAUAUAACCCUGAGACAAGGAGGCUGAACAGUACCCAGGGGGAGAUUCGUGUCGGUCCUAGUCAUCAGGCCAAACUUCCAGAUCUGCAACCAUUUCCUUCUCCAGAUGGUGAUACAGUGACCCAACAUGAGGAACUGGUCUGGAUGCCUGGAGUUAACGACUGUGACCUCCUUAUGUACUUGAGGGCAGCAAGGAGCAUGGCGGCAUUUGCAGGAAUGUGUGAUGGAGGCUCUACAGAGGACGGCUGUGUCGCAGCCUCUCGGGAUGACACCACUCUGAAUGCACUGAACACACUGCAUGAAAGCGGUUACGAUGCUGGCAAAGCCCUGCAGCGCCUGGUGAAGAAGCCUGUGCCCAAGCUCAUCGAGAAGUGCUGGACCGAGGACGAAGUGAAACGCUUCGUUAAGGGACUCAGGCAGUACGGGAAGAACUUCUUCAGAAUUAGAAAGGAGCUGCUUCCCAAUAAGGAAACAGGGGAGCUGAUCACCUUCUAUUACUAUUGGAAGAAGACCCCCGAAGCAGCCAGCUCCCGAGCCCAUCGUAGGCACCGCAGGCAGGCCGUGUUCAGGAGGAUUAAGACUCGCACCACGUCCACACCCGUCAACACACCCUCCAGACCCCCGUCCAGUGAAUUCUUGGACCUAAGUUCAGCCAGUGAAGAUGACUUCGACAGUGAGGACAGUGAGCAGGAGCUGAAGGGGUACGCCUGCCGCCACUGCUUCACCACCACCUCCAAAGAUUGGCACCACGGAGGCCGGGAGAACAUCCUGCUUUGCACCGACUGUCGCAUCCACUUCAAGAAAUACGGCGAGCUCCCGCCCAUUGAGAAGCCCGUGGACCCGCCGCCGUUUAUGUUCAAACCCGUCAAGGAAGAGGAUGAUGGGCUCAGUGGGAAGCAUAGCAUGAGGACACGGCGGAGUCGGGGCUCGAUGUCGACACUACGCAGUGGUCGGAAGAAGCAGCCAGCCAGCCCUGAUGGUCGCACCUCACCCAUCAAUGAAGACAUCCGCUCCAGCGGUCGGAACUCCCCCAGCGCUGCCAGCACCUCCAGCAAUGACAGUAAAGCAGAGACAGUGAAGAAGUCGGCCAAGAAGGUGAAGGAGGAAGCCUCUUCCCCUCUUAAGAGUAACAAACGCCAGCGGGAGAAGGUGGCCUCUGAUACGGAGGAGGCUGACAGGACCAGCUCCAAAAAGACAAAAACGCAGGAGAUCAGCAGGCCCAACUCGCCAUCUGAAGGUGAGGGAGAGAGUUCAGACAGUCGCAGCGUCAACGAUGAGGGUAGCAGUGACCCCAAAGACAUCGACCAGGACAAUCGCAGCACGUCCCCGAGCAUCCCCAGCCCCCAGGACAAUGAGAGUGACUCGGACUCGUCAGCCCAGCAGCAGAUGCUGCAGGCCCAGCCCCCAGCCUUGCAGGCUCCCACUGGGGUCACCCCAGCUCCCUCCUCAGCUCCUCCAGGGACCCCUCAGCUGCCCACGCCAGGGCCCACGCCCUCUGCCACUGCAGUUCCCCCACAGGGCUCCCCCACGGCCUCCCAGGCCCCUAACCAGCCACAGGCUCCCACAGCGCCUGUUCCCCACACCCACAUCCAACAGGCACCGGCCUUGCACCCCCAGCGGCCGCCCUCACCGCAUCCCCCACCGCAUCCCUCGCCACAUCCCCCGCUGCAGCCUCUGACUGGGUCGGCGGGCCAGCCUUCUGCACCCUCUCAUGCCCAGCCCCCCCUGCACGGUCAGGGCCCACCCGGCCCUCACAGCCUGCAGGCUGGGCCCCUGCUGCAACACCCAGGCCCCCCACAGCCCUUUGGCCUCCCUCCCCAGGCCUCCCAAGGCCAGGCCCCUCUGGGGACCUCCCCAGCAGCAGCGCACCCUCACACCUCCCUGCAGCUGCCAGCCUCUCAGUCAGCGCUGCAGUCCCAACAGCCUCCACGGGAGCAGCCCCUGCCACCAGCGCCCUUGGCCAUGCCCCACAUCAAGCCCCCGCCUACCACUCCCAUCCCCCAGCUGCCGGCGCCACAGGCCCACAAGCACCCUCCCCACCUCUCGGGGCCCUCACCCUUCUCCAUGAAUGCCAACCUGCCUCCCCCUCCAGCCCUGAAGCCCCUGAGCUCCCUGUCCACACAUCACCCCCCGUCGGCUCACCCCCCACCCCUGCAACUCAUGCCUCAGAGCCAGCCAUUGCCGUCCUCGCCCGCCCAGCCCCCCGGGCUGACCCAGAGCCAGAACCUGCCCCCGCCCCCUGCCUCCCACCCCGCUACAGGCCUCCACCAGGUGGCCCCCCAACCCCCGUUUGCUCAGCACCCCUUUGUCCCUGGAGGCCCUCCUCCCAUCACCCCUCCGACCUGCCCCUCCACCUCUACCCCACCGGCGGGACCUGGCACCUCGGCCCAGCCACCCUGCUCUGGUGCGGUGGCUUCAGGAGGCAGCAUAGCGGGGGGGUCGUCCUGCCCACUCCCCACCGUCCAGAUCAAGGAGGAGGCUCUGGACGACGCUGAGGAGCCUGAGAGCCCCCCUCCCCCACCAAGGAGCCCGUCCCCUGAGCCCACUGUGGUGGACACCCCCAGUCAUGCCAGCCAGUCAGCUAGGUUCUACAAACACCUGGACCGGGGCUACAACUCGUGUGCCCGGACAGACCUGUACUUCAUGCCUCUGGCCGGGUCCAAGCUGGCCAAGAAGAGGGAGGAGGCCAUUGAGAAGGCCAAGCGCGAGGCUGAGCAGAAAGCCCGAGAGGAGCGAGAGCGGGAGAAGGAAAAGGAGAAGGAGCGGGAGCGGGAGCGAGAGCGGGAGCGCGAGGCAGAGCGGGCGGCUAAGGCAUCCAGCUCAGCGCAUGAAGGUCGCCUCAGUGACCCACAGCUUAGUGGUCCUGGCCACAUGCGGCCAUCCUUCGAGCCACCACCAACCACCAUUGCUGCUGUGCCCCCCUACAUCGGGCCCGACACACCUGCCCUUCGGACUCUGAGCGAGUACGCCCGGCCCCACGUCAUGUCGCCCACCAACCGCAACCACCCCUUCUACAUGCCCCUUAACCCCACGGACCCCCUGCUGGCCUACCACAUGCCUGGCCUCUACAACGUCGACCCCACCAUCCGCGAGCGGGAGCUCCGGGAACGGGAGAUCCGAGAGCGGGAGAUCCGGGAGCGUGAGCUGCGGGAGAGGAUGAAGCCGGGCUUCGAGGUGAAGCCCCCAGAGCUGGACCCCCUGCACCCAGCCGCCAACCCCAUGGAGCACUUUGCCCGGCACAGCGCCCUCACCAUCCCCCCGACCGCCGGGCCCCACCCUUUUGCUUCUUUCCACCCGGGCCUGAACCCCUUGGAGAGGGAGAGACUGGCCCUGGCGGGCCCCCAGCUGCGGCCCGAGAUGAGCUACCCCGACAGACUGGCAGCCGAGCGUAUCCACGCAGAGCGCAUGGCAUCGCUGACCAGCGAUCCCCUGGCCCGACUGCAGAUGUUCAACGUGACUCCGCACCAUCACCAGCACUCUCACAUUCACUCCCACCUCCACCUCCACCAGCAGGACCCCCUCCACCAAGGUUCAGCAGGCCCCGUUCACCCGCUGGUCGACCCCCUGACUGCCGGUCCCCACCUGGCUCGCUUCCCCUACCCGCCUGGCACUCUCCCCAACCCUCUGCUUGGACAGCCCCCACACGAGCACGAGAUGCUUCGCCACCCAGUUUUCGGCACCCCCUACCCCCGUGACCUGCCUGGGGCCAUCCCACCCCCCAUGUCAGCAGCCCACCAGCUGCAGGCCAUGCAUGCCCAGUCGGCCGAGCUGCAGAGACUGGCCAUGGAGCAGCAGUGGCUGCAUGGACACCCCCACAUGCAUGGUGGCCACCUACCAAGUCAGGAAGAUUAUUACAGUCGACUGAAGAAAGAAGGUGACAAGCAGUUAUAAGUUAUUUAUUUGUUAACGCUGGCUGUGGAAACCCCAGUUCUUGGGGGGAGAAACAGGACUUUUUACAUACAAUAGGAGCUGCAAAAGCAAAAAGAAUAUCUUCUAAAGAUUUCUUUAUAUAUUUAAAAACCCACAACUAAAAAUGUAUCCACAUAGUAGUGUUCGUUUGUCGAGAGGAUUUCCUGAGACUGGUUUGGAUCUCCCUGCAUGACAGUCCCCCAGAAACUUAGUGAGUCCUGGACUGGACUGAACAUCCAGAAAGCUUCCCUGCAAUCUUGGGGUUUGGCUUUAGUUUUCUUUUCCUUGAUUUCUCAGUAGGUGCUAGAAUCCAGUUCACACCCUUCACUGUGCGUGCAGAUACACUGACACACUCCACCACGAGUGCUCCAGAGCCCACGAGGCUUGCAGAUCGGGGGCAUAGGAAUUUGGAAUCCAAGAGCUAUAAUUUUUAAAAAAAAUCUUUUAUUUUAAUACAUUGUAGGAAAUCUUCAUAAUUGGAGAAAGUUCUGCAGCAUGGCUUUUUACGUCUGUAAAUAAAUAAUUUUAGAACAGCCUUUUUUUCUUCCAUAAACUACUAUUGUGAUCUAUUUUUUCCAGCCAUGUCACUAAUUGUGAAUUCCUACCAACUAUUGACAGAAUACAGAGUUGAUUUUUUAAUAAAAAGUUAUAUAUAAUUAUCCCUUUAAUUAAAGGGAGCAAAGGGGCGUUCCACAUGGACAGAGGCUUGGACCGAGGCCUGGUCACAGCAGCGAGCAUCCAGGGUUUGCAGGGACGAUGUUACAGACUCUGUUUUCUGCCUUGCGUUUCACUUGUGUCUGCUCCUAGCCUGUGCUCUGCCAGCAGCACAGACAUCUGCUUCAUCAGGCCUCUUCCAUUUUGCACAGGGAGUGCAGGAGGUGAGUGUUCACUUUCUGUUCUCCAGUGUCACUGUUCUGUUACCACGGGAUGGAAAGCGCGUGGGCCUGUGUCCAUUGUAGAUUUCCUUCUAGAUUUCUAUGUACACACACUUGAUUGUUCUGGAUGAAUGUCUUUUUUAAUACUCCGAAAAUUUCAUCAUCUAAGAAAAUGAUUCCAUACAAAUAACUCAGCACACAAGUGACCCAGGACAUAUGCCUGCCAAAGGGAUGUGUUAGAAGGCUCCCUUCUCAUGCGCAUUGUCACUUGGAUCUUGUGGUGAGGACGGCCCCAUCUUUCUUGCCACAGAUUGAGGCCACUUUUGAGCAAGGGAGAUCCUGGAGUUAAGACAGGUGUUGGGGGCAGCCUGUAUUUUACCCUAGGGGCAGGUCUGCAUGGUGACCCCACAUCGCACUGGUAAACCAUUUGAGUCCCACUCUUCAUCCUGGAAGUGGGAACUGGAGUCCCACCCACAGUGCAGUCAGAAGGCAUGCUGUGUGGGGGCUGCUUCUCAGGAGGCCAGGCCCUUCUGAGCGGAACCGUCCUGGAGAGAGCCUGCCCUCGUUUCCAGGCCGCAGCUGUAACGCACUUUCUCCCAGGCUGAGGGCGGGUGUUCUGGGGUGUCUGCCCUCUGUCGGCCCUGCUUCCUGCCAGGACGUGGCCUCUUCCGAUCCUUUUCUCUCAGACACUGGAGGUCUCUUCUGCCAUUGUGCUGGUCCCAUCCCAAGAAUUGUAGGACAGAGACCACACUGGGUCGGCGGACACAAAGUCCAUCCAGCACCCAGGCCGCAGAGGGAGCAGGAAGAGAUGCUGAUAGUUUGAUCUAGAAACCAGCAGCUACUGGCUCAAAUUCAGGUUCUGGAGUCAAAUAGCGACAUUUCCAGUUUCUCUUAAAAACCGUGUUUGGUUUCAGUUGGGAUAGGCUUGUUUUGUCUGUUGAAAAUGUUUCUAGUUUUUUUUCUUUCAUUUUUCUCUCAUUCCAUUUCUGCCUUAACUUUAGUUUGUUCACAGGGAGGCAAAGCUGACAUGAACCUUUUGUCGUGGGACUUCAGGCCACAUUGGCUUGAAGGCAUUCGUUUCCUUCUGGGGUGGGGACGGGCCGUCAUGGCAGGCUUGUUCCCGUGGCUCUGAGCGAGGCCUCUUCCUGCUGGGCUCCCAGACUCCUGCAUCCAGGCCCGCACCUUCUCGGCUUCUGGUUUUUCUUUCUUUCUUUUUGGUAGAACACAACAUCUACCAUUCAGUUAAACCUUCUUUAUCUCCUCCUCUGGCAUCCAUUUUUCCAAAGAAGAGUCGAGUCCUCUGAGGUCUGUGCUUGAAAGCCGUCCGAAGGCAUUCUUGUUAGCUUUGCUUUUCUCCCCAUAUCCCAAGGCGAAGCGCUGAGAUUCUUCCAUCUAAAAAACCCUCAACCCGAAACCCUCACCAGAUAAACUACAGUUUGUUUAGGAGGCCCUGACCUUCACGGUGUCUUUGAAGCCCAACCACUCGGUUUCCUUCGGAUUUUCCUCCCUUUGUUCGGGGUUUGGUUUGGCUCCUCUGUGUGUGUCCGUAUCUUGUUCGGUGUCCUCGAGGUUGAGCUUCACUCCACUGCGGCAGAGGCAGCGUGCACACUCAGAUUUGCUACGUUUCUAUAUAUCUUGAAGCUAAAUGUAUAUAUGAGUAGUUUGCCAUGAGAUAACACAGUGUAAACAGUAGACACCCAGAAAUCGUGACUUCUGUGUUCUCUCCAUUUGAGUAUUUUGUAAUUUUUUUGAAAUAUUUGUGGACAUAAAUAAAACCAAGCUACACUACAA